AUGACGACCGUAUUGACAUCACUCGGGUUGGAGAAGCGCGAGGAGGAGAGGAGAGGCGCUCCCGUUAUUAGACCAGGGCUCGCGGUCACGCUCACUCCUGGAGAUGCACGCAUUGCUGCGAGACAAACUGAUCAACUCAAGGAGAGAGGCAACGAGGCGCUGCACUCAGGAGUACCACUGCGCGAAUAGACCGAACCAGGGGCCACGAGCCAGCCAAAGCAUGACUGCGCAUCUUCCGCGCUUGGAUAUACUAAACACUCGCACACAUUCCUACCAAACCGAGAUAUGAGCUCCAGUAACGGGGAAACACGAGGAAACUGAAACAGCAAAGCAACGGCUCUGGUGAUGCGCAACUUGGAAUUAUGUUGGACACGGUUUUGUUUUCAUAAAUUAAAGAACGUUUUUUUUUGGCAACAUAAAUACUAACUUCCCAGUGCCAUUCAGAAACAACUUAUUAUUUAAGAAGUACACUUUACUCGAAUAAUGUGAGGACAUAUUUUGGUAACACGCCAGUUAGUCUGCCGAAGCUCAACCAUUGUAUGAGCUACAUCUGUUCAAACCAUAUUUGUUAGAAUAAUUUAUUCUUAGAUUAGCCUACAUGCACAGUUUGUAUAUGCUCAGAUAGCCUUGCUGUUUGCGUCUGCUAAGAGACAGCGGGUUUUGAGGGAGAAAAGGUGCGCGCACUGACAUCUGACGUGGUUAUCCUACUGAGGAAAAGGUGGUUGUAACCUGUUCCCAAUCUCGCCGGUGUCGCCUUGUAUUAUAUUCAGAAAUUAGAUUGAAAGGCUAUUUCUGUAACCGCCCUGCAAUCACGUUCCGCCUCUUUAAAAUAUCAAAAUAAUCAAGCAGCUGUGAGAUUACAAUCCAUUCUGUUUUGUGUGCUGGACUACUUUUAAUUGUUUGAGCGGUUUCAUUUCAUACUGUAGGUAUUCCACAUAGCCCAGAUCGACGGGAAAUAUAUUUGCGCUCUACUGUAUUCAUCGCACUCGAAUAGAAAACCAUUGACCACUGGCGCACUCCAUGGGCAUAGUUUAGCGUUUGACUGAUUAGAAUGGACUUGGAUGAUGAAAUUGGCAGGAGAAGGUGAAUGAACUGCGAUAACACGUAACACGAAAUUAUGUCUUUUUAUAGGCUGUGGAAAGAUCAGUUAUAGGCUAAUAUUUCCCCCCUAAACUUUUCAGUGAAUGCUUUGACAGCAACAUAAACAAGCUCAGCUAUAGGACUGCUUUUAAAAAUAUAUAAUUUUACCUCAGCCAUCCUCAAGGACUAUAAAACAAACAUAUUGAUUACUACAACAUUUUAUUAACCACUGUAAUCAACCCCAUCCAUCGUGUUAGUCAUGGCAUCACCCUUGGAUAGUGCAUGUUCAGUGGAGCUGGGCAACCCUAAUAGCUCGACCAGCGGUUCAUCUCUUCCCUGCAAUCAGAGCGUCUCUUCCCUGCAACUGGCCCCUUACUCCCCCGAAGCCACGGCGCUCUUUGCUACGGCUAUCACCCUCAUGAUAGUCUUUACCAUCGUGGGAAACAUCUUUGUCAUCAUCGCAGUCCUGACCAGCCGUGCACUCAGAGGACCACAGAACCUGUUUUUAGUGUCGUUAGCAGCUGCGGACAUUUUAGUGGCAACCCUCAUCAUCCCGUUUUCCCUGGCCAAUGAACUGCUGGGUUACUGGUACUUCAAGUCUCUGUGGUGUGAGAUCUACCUGGCGCUGGACGUUCUGUUCUGUACUUCCUCUAUAGCUCACCUGUGCGCCAUCUCAUUAGACCGUUAUCUGUCCAUCAGCCGGGUUACCUACUCCCGCCAGCGCACACCCAUGCGUAUCAAAGCCUCCAUCGUGGUGGUGUGGCUCAUCUCAGCCAUCAUCUCCUUUCCUCCUCUCCUGUCGCUGAAUAAGAGCGAGCCAGGUGGCGAAGGUAGUGAGAGGGGUCCUCAGUGCCAGCUGAACGACGAGCGCUGGUAUAUUCUCUACUCCACUGUCGGCUCCUUCUUCGUCCCUUGUCUCAUCAUGAUCCUGGUCUACAUGAGGAUCUACCAGAUCGCCAAGCAGCGCACACAGAACCCGCCAGGCGAGCCCAGGAAGGAUGGGGUGGGCUGUGCCACCCCAAGUCAAACCCCUCGGGGGAUCCAAGCCAACGGGAAGGAGGAGGGAGGAAAAACCCCAGCUAUUCCCCAUAAAACCUCCAGCAUCAGACCACCCACCCUGGCUAUUACUCCAUCACUGUCCCCUGACCAGGCCAAUGAGACCCCCUCUUCUCCCACCCCCAAUAACCUUCUUCAUCCUCCGGAUCCAUCCCUAGCUCCAACCCCAACAACCACCUCCCCUCCUACCUCACCCAUGGGUCCCUCACACUCCUCAGUCUCUCCCUCUCCCUCCUCCACCAUUCCCCCACUUUCCCAGGCCAAACCCAAAGAUGGGGAGAAGAAGGGGAAGAAGGGUAAGAAGGGGAAAAAGUACAACAAUAAUGGGGAUAGCUCAAACAGCUCUGACAGUGACAUGGAGCACGAGGGAGGGGGGAGGAGGGGAGUCAACACCCCUAGCAUGGCGGGUUCACCUGGCAUCCACUCCCCUGCCACCAUCCAGAAGUACAGGGACAUGAUCGCCACCUCUAAGGGGGCCCGGCUGGUGGCGGGGAGGAGGUCUAAGCCAGACACCACUCCAGGAGCGGCACGUCGUAAAGCCAUGGUGAACCGAGAGAAGCGUUUCACAUUCGUCCUGGCCGUGGUGAUCGGAGUGUUUGUCGUCUGUUGGUUCCCUUUCUUCUUCUCCUACUCACUGCAGGCCAUCUGUCCUGAGACCUGCUCCCUCCCUGAUCCCCUCUUUAAGUUCUUCUUCUGGAUCGGCUACUGCAACUCCUGCCUGAACCCCGUCAUAUACACCAUCUUCAACCAGGACUUCAGGAAGGCCUUCAAGAAGAUCCUUUGUAAGAACACCAAGGGAACCUUCUUCUAGACUGGUUGCUCUGUAAGGACACCAAUGGCAACAUUAUUUUAGUAAAGUGGCCUUAAACAGAUUACCUGUAAGGUCAGUCCCUUAUUUUCAUUCCCCUCUAAACCUGUUGAGGAUUACAAAACAGCACAAAUAUUCUGUCCUUUUUUGAAAAUGAUCACUGAUUUUAGAUUCUAAUUGAUGACACGACAAAGGGCUGCCGAUUCUACCGUGAACUGCUGCAGGCUUUCCAAAUAGAAGGCGGACUCAGAAUAGCUGUAGAAAAGCUCACCUUGCAACAGGGUUAAAGAGACCUUGUGUAAGAAAGAAACUGUCUAAGGGCUUGUUGUUUUAGUCCCUUGGUGCGUAUCUGCAGAAGUCCAGCUGUUACCUGGAGAACUGUGAGGGCCCAUUGCAAGGACAUAGUGUGGGGAGAGUAUGUGCAAUAUAUGUUCAGUGACUUCUACUCUGGGGGGCUUUAGAAUGAUACUGUGUACUAAUCUGACCAUGGUAUUUUAUUAAAAGGUAGGAGGGAUGUUUUAAGGUGUGAGCAUCACAUAUUAUGCACAGAAAGUGGAUGGAGAGGAGGAAGAGAGGAGUGAAAGAAAACGCCAUUUUGGCUUUUUAGUCACUCGUGACAUUAAGGACAUGUUGUUGUUGGUAAAAUGACAGUGUAGCGCUGCUCUCAUCAGAGUCUGAUUGACUGACUCAUAUUAAGGUUGUCUGGGAAAUCUGUUUAAUUUAAAAUUGAGAAACUUUUGUGUACAGAAGUACACCACGAGGGUUGCAAAAUUAUUUAAACGUUCAAUGAAUGACAUUGUUUUCCUGGAAUCCCUGUUGGAAGAUUCCCAGAAUCAGGAGGGAAUAAGCAGGAAAUCCAGAGUCCUCCAGCCUGGAUUUCUGGGAAAACCAGGAAAUGUAUUGAAUGUUCCUGGAAUUUUGCAACCCUAUACACCACUGCUCACUGAGAACUCCUGAUCUACACACAACAUUCUUUACAACAAUACAGUAUCCGUUAAUUAGCCGUCUGAAAAACGAAACAGAACAACGUGAGGAGAUGAUGUUUUGGAGUGAUAGAGGACUGAGAAUUAACCCAAAUACCUGUCAGCCUGUUUAAGUACCUCUCUCUAUCAGAGGGCAGAACCAUGAGGAAUACACAAGACCCAAGUCGUCUCUCUACUUAUGUCUGCAUAGUUACUUUUUUCCUGCCUCAGGAAUAGCAUGCGUUCCUGUAGAGAUGUUAUCCACAUGAGAGAUACAACAACAAGGCUUUUACUGUUCAACUCCCUCUCAAACGCUGAUCCCCACCACUGCUGUAGUGUGGGGCUUAGGCUAUAUUUUGAAAGACACCUUUGUAAAACAAACAUACCUUGCCUCUGGCUCUGUGAGGACAGCGGGUGCAUCUCAAUUGUCCAUUAUUGGUUCCUCUACUCGUGUUUUUCUUCAUCUGCACUGAAAAACAAAGGAUAUAGGUGAAUGCAAAAUAAAGGAUCAGGAAUUUGUUUCCACCUGCCCAGCUCUGGGUCGGUGCAGGUGGACUAAAAGAAGAUGAAGAGAAGAAACCACUUAACACACUCUCUAAAUGCCAAAUGGCACACUAUUCCCUUUAUAGUGCACAACUUUUGACCAGGGUCUAUAGGGCUCUAGUCAAAAGCAGUGCACUAUGUAGGGAAUAGGGUGCAAUUUGGGAUUCAGAGUGCCUCACAGAGAGCUUUUAAGGUACAGCUUUACCUCUCCCCCAAUAUCGCUACACAACAGGGUGACCUCUGUUUCCACAUUUUUUACAUUUACAUUUGAGUCAAUUAGCAGACGCUCUUAUCCAGAACGAUUCACGUUCAUACUGGUCUACCUUGUUCCAUAAACAUCAACCCGGAUUGGGUCUGUACAUUUAAUCUAUAUAGCACAAUUCCAAGUGCUUAAAGCAUAUUGCAUUGCAAAGAGAAUAAAUACUUUCCCAAAUUGGGACAAGGAAAGCAAAUUCGGACAUUAAGAGAUUUUUGCAAUACAGUCUUUUUUAAAUAUUAAAGACACUGGACAGUGACUGGCUAGCUUUGUUUGAGUGGAUUCACCUGAUUUCAGCCUGAAAGGACAUUGCUAUUACCGAACACACUUCUCCCCAUUGAACAGAACAGAGCAGAACAGUGGAUGUUUAUGAGAGGAGGAACUCAGCCACCUACCUGGCCUGACACAAACAUUUCAAACAGUCUUGAAAAAACUAGUUGAUAUUGAUUAUAACACUGAAAGGUCAUGCAUAUCCUCAACUGUUUCUGGAAGGACAUUCAUCCCAUAAGAUAAUGUAAUACUAUAUUAAUGAAUGAUUGAAAGAUGGAUUAAUUGAUUGAUUUGGGAAUGUGCCUCUGCACUGGCUGACUGGACUUCUAUCUGGCACUUUAUUUAUCCUUUAUCUAUCCUUUAUUUCUGAGAGGUACUGUGACUCUUUAUGGUUGCUCUUUAUGUACAGUAUUUCUCAGAGACUGACAGGUCAAGAUGCUCUUUGUGUUUUCUCCCUCACAAAGGCUAUGUCUGUAAUUGUGAAUGCUGUGUUAUGACACUAUGGGACGAGGGCAGUCGGCAACAACCCCUUUACGGUCCUGUGGGAAAUUCAGCUUACCCUUGUGUGUGUGCGAGAGACUGUGUGUGUGUGUGUGUGUGUGUGAGAGAGAGAGAGAGAGAGAGAGAGAGAGAGAGAGAGAGAGAGAGAGAGAGAGAGAGAGAGAGAGAGAGAGAGAGAGAGAGAGAGAGAGAGAGAGAGAGAGAGAGAGAGAGAGAGACUGUGUGUGUGUGUGUUUGAUAAGAGCCUGCAUGAGUACUGUGUGUUUGCUAAUGAUCCACUUCUAGUGGUACAAUCUGGCUGUUAUUGUGUACUGUGGAUGUCCUCACACUGGUAAGCACAGAAAACAGAUGUGGUGAUAAGAGAAUCUGUCCAGAGAGCUCUCCCUGAGGGACACUACUCACUAGAUGGCCUGCUAGAAUGGACAAAAGGGAGGUAUAACAGAACUAUUUAGAAAGCACAUUAUCUAUUUGGUCUUCAUUUAUGGUUAUGGUAACUGUUAAGGAUCUGAGUAAGAUCAACGGUGAGGUAAGAGUUAGUUGCUGACAUUGCAUUUUGUGGUGAAAAUGGCAUUUUGUGGAACUCUGUCCUUUCAAACAUGGCCGUUUAGUGACCCCCGAGGGACAGAAGAGCCCUGGGAAACCAGCUGACACAGACAGAGAGGGACUCAUGCUCUAACGAUGGGCUGUGAUUGGAUAAGCUAUAUGUCUUAUUUAUUUAUUUUGAGCAGUUUUUGUUUUCUGUUCGUUUCAUAUUUAUAGUUUUUUUCCUUCCUGGUGGGCACUCCAAGCAAGGCAAAGCUAAUGUGAACAAAACAGAGUAAACACUGUAUAAAAUCUGAAUAUGUCGAAUGAUUUAUUUAAUGUGAGCAGAGGAACAUGAUUCAGGAGUAGACCUAUGUAUGCAGGAGUUGGGGAUAUUUCUAUCGGAACUCAGUGAAUGCAGAAGAUAAAUGUCAUGAAUUGAGAAAAUCCUUUACAAUAUUGGUCAUAUGGAUUUGAAUGUCCUUGAAUUUUCCUGCAGCUUAUUUUUGUAUGUAUUAUUUUGUACUUGUUUCUUAAACAGUUAAAAUGGUGGUUUGUACGAUACUUUACUGUGCUGAUGGAUGGCGCUAUAACAGUCUGUGGUUGCAUAACCAUGGAGCUCAGCAAACAACCGCCCCUGUGUUGGCACAAAUCGUUCUGCGACAAUAACAUGCUCUUGCAUUCUAGAAUGUGAUUGUCAUAGAACUUUUGGUGGCAACAGGGCAGCCAUGAAAUCUCAAUGUAUAUUGAAUCAUCAUUCUCCCUGCUCCUCUGUGACCUGCCUGGACUCUUCUUCUUCUUCUUCCCCUGCUGUGUUUGACCCUGGACUCCCUCCCUCUCCCCUCCAUUUAGAAAUAAAGCAGU